AAAGAAGAAACGUCUGAGAAACUCCUCCGUCUUCCCCCCGUCGAAACGCCGGCGACUCUCAAGCUCCGCCGUCUCGCCGGACGAAACCGUCUCUCUCUGCGACCGAUCGGCCCCCGCAUGGAGGUCUCGUCCUUGUAACCUCCGCUUCGUCGCCGCUGCUGUCUUGGGAUUUCGCGAGGUAGGAGCUGCUGGGAAGGGCUGUCGUAGAGAGUGGCUUGAUGGGAUUUUGCAUAUGCCCGUUGGAUACUCCGGCGAGGUUGCUCUGGAGCACCAGCUUCUUCCGCCACAAGCUCAUGCUCUUCUAAUUCCCGCGACAUCCCCAGCUCGUGUAUACUAGUACUAGUACCUAUAGUACCGACCGGCGCGCGCGGCUAAGCGGUGGUCUCCUGUCCCUGCCCGGAGUCGGAACCCCCGUCCGGCAGGCCUCGCCAGGUUCGCGACUCUCCGGAGAUUCGCGACGUGGACAAAAAGUUAUAGAGAGGGUUGAGAGGAUGAAUUCCAUGGAGUCCGGACGAUUUCUCUUCGAUCAAUCCGCGUGCCACGGCAAUAUGCUGUUCCUUGGGAACAGAGAUUCGCUUUUUGGAGCGCCUAAUUCUGAAAAAAAUUGAGCGUCAGCAAGUGUUUAGGGAUGGAUUUCUUGUUUUGCUAGAGGGGGGAUUGGCUAUGGGAAUUGAGGAGGCCACGAAGAGGCAAUCGAUUUUCAGCUAUCCUGAGGAUCUUUACAACGAGGAAUAUUAUGAUGACCAGGCGCCGGAAAAGAAGCGCCGCCUCACUCCUGAGCAGGUGCAUCUGUUGGAGAAGAGCUUUGAAGUAGAGAACAAAUUGGAACCAGAGAAGAAGACCCAGCUGGCGAAGAAGCUGGGCAUGCAGCCGAGGCAGGUGGCUGUGUGGUUCCAGAAUCGUCGAGCCCGGUGGAAGACAAAGCAGCUCGAGAGGGACUAUGAUGUCCUCAAGUCGUCUUAUGACUCACUGCUUUUGAGUUACGACUCCAUCAAGAAAGAGAAUGAGAAGCUCAAAUCUGAGGUCAAUUUCCUGAACGAGAAGCUGUCCGCCAAAGAUGUCGCCGGAGCACCAGCCUCAGGUCAAAGUUCCCAUGCACUUCAAGUGGAGGAAACCCGAGAUUCACCCCUCGGGUUUGUGGUGAAGGUGGAGGACCGCCUGAGUUCCGGGAGCGGUGGGAGCGCCGUGGUGGAUGAGGACGGGCCGCAGCUCGUGGACAGCGGCCAUUCAUAUUUUCAUUGCAAUGACUACCCGGGAAGCUUGGUGGCCGUCAAUGGGUUGCAGUCAGAGGACGAUGGAAGCGAUGAUAGCCGAGGUUACUGCUCAGAGAUUUUCGCCGCUGCUGAAGAGCCGCAUCAGGAGGGAGGCGUGCCUAUGGGGUGGUGGGCGUGGCCCUAGUUUUAGGUUUUCGCCUUUUGGUAUGUUCUCGUAAAUGGUUCAAGUCAAAUAUGUGCUCAUGAGACUAUGCAAUGUUUCACGAAGGGGAAGAAUCUGUAAACGUUUACUGGAACUUUGGACAUGAAUAAAACUGACGUGUUUGGUCAAA